UCGGCUUUAAGGAGCUGUUUAAUCACAGGGAGCAGCCGUUAACCUAGCCGGCUAGCUGAGCAGCUAUCGCUAAACAACCAAAACGUUAUUAAUGAAUACAUUAAUUAAUGUAACUCAUGUGUGUGGUUCAGUCUGAGAGCGCGAGGCUCUGACGGAAGUUAUGGAUUAAACUUGUUGUCGUGUUUUUAAAUUAUAUAAAAAAAAAAGGUUUGCUAACGUUAGCUUCAAAGUUAGCUAUUUUAACUGUGCUGCGAGGAGCGUAGUUCCUGUAGCCGGGAGAGACGCUCCAGGAGGCGGCCACUGCAGCCAGGCGAGUCCGCGGUCUGAGCCCGGCCUCCGGGGAAAACCACUGUGUGUGUUGUGGCAGUGUGGGCGGCUGCGCGUUGUGUGAGACUCAUCCUGCAUGGACCCGUCGCCAUGAGCAACAAGGAGAUGGUUUCCACGGAGACAGAGAAUAAAGGCCAGAGGAAGCUCUUCCUCCCUAACAAGCUGUUGGAGUGUCUCCCCCGUCUGUCCAGUCUGCCUAACGAGCGUCUCCGCUGGAACACUAACGAGGAGAUAGCAUCCUACCUGAUAUCAUUUGAGCGACAUGACGAGUGGCUGUCCUGCACCCUGAAAACCAGGCCGAAGAACGGCAGCAUCAUCCUGUACAACAGGAAGAAGGUGAAGUACAGGAAGGACGGGUACUGCUGGAAGAAGAGGAAGGAUGGAAAGACCACGAGAGAGGACCACAUGAAACUCAAGGUCCAGGGCAUGGAGUGCCUGUACGGUUGCUACGUCCAUUCCUCCAUCGUGCCGACAUUCCACAGACGAUGCUAUUGGCUGCUGCAGAACCCAGACAUCGUGCUGGUCCACUACCUGAACGUGCCGUCCCUGGAGGAUUCUGGGAAAUGCAGUCCUCUGCUGUGUGCCGUGUCGGAUCGCCAUGACAGCGUGCGGUGGAGCCGAGACGACCUGCUGAGCCAGCUGAAGCCCAUGUUCCACAGCAUGAAUUGUUCGGUGGGUUCUGGAGACUUCAGCAUCGAGGAGCUGGUCCAGCACAUGGUGGACCGCCAGAGAACCAAACCACAGCCGCGCACGCACGCCUGCCUCUGCAACACUGGCCCCGUCUCUUCAGGAGUCAACAUUCCCCACCGCUGUAACAGCACCAAGCAUCGCAUCAUCUCCCCCAAACUGCCCCCCUCCUCCUGCAGCCCCUCCCCCUCCCCCCUGGCCUCUGAGGGAGGGGGGGGGGGGGAGGAGAACCCAAACUGCCCCACCUGCAGGCUCAGAGCAGCCCUGUCGCAUCACCCUGCCCUUCAUCCACCUCGGCUUCUUCGCCCCCGCAGCCUCACCGAGCGACCAUCGCCAUGGCAAACCACGCCAACGGCUUCUACAGCGACCGCCGCCACGCCAACCUGACCACGGUGGCUCUCCCGCAGAACGCCGUCAUCGUCAUGGCGACCACCGCGACCCCGACCCCCCCCAGCAGAGGGGAAGAGUCUGCUGGUGGGGGGCGGAGCCUCUCUCUCACCCACUCAGGACAGCUGCUGCUCUCCUCCCCUGCUGCU